AUUUAUUUCAGAUAGAAAUGAAGGUGAAGGCAAAAGGAGGAUGGAAAUCUAUACCUCUCCCUCAAUCCAUAUUUACUGGAGGUAUUGACUCCGCUAUGUGCGGAGGAAUAGAGAUCCUAGAUGAUUACUCAAUACAGAGUGAAGUGGUUCCGUCAGUCAAGCCAGGAACAAAACCUCUGAACAAGCGAAAGAUUGAAAACGACAUUAAGGAAUCCGCGAAGAAGAAAAAGUUCAAUUUUGUUGAAAUUGAUUUAGAACCGGGUUCCAAGAAAGUUGAGGAUUCAGUUUUGAAAGAAAACGUUCCUAAGAAAAAGAAGAAGAAAGUUCCUCUGGUAUUAAAACAAGAUGAAGGAAGUUUAAUUAAAGUUGCAAAACCCGAGAUUAAAAAGAAAAAGAAAACCAAGAAAAAAUCCGCAAACAAACCGGUUAUUAACCUAGAGGCUCUCACAAGAAGACUUGAAGAGAAAUCCCAAUCCGAUUCCACCAAUCCGACUGCAAAUUCUAAAUCUCCCAAACCCGAUAUUCCAAAAAUUAAAACGAAGGAAAAAGGGAAAGAGAAGAAAAUGAUUAAAGAGAAAGGAAAGGAGGACACUACCCCUGCUCCUGGUUCUGGUAAACCACUAGAUAUGAACGAAUGGAGAGAAGUGUUUGUUUGUGAAGAAAUAAUUACAGCUCUGGAGGAGAAGGGGUUUGGUUCACCAACUCCUAUUCAGAAACUUACUCUUCCAGCAGCACUUAAAGGACGAAUGGAUAUUGUUGGAGCGGCUGAAACAGGAUCAGGGAAAACCUUAGCGUUUGGAAUCCCAAUAGUUCAGGGUAUUUUGAAUGACCGGAUUAAAGAUAUGGAGAGGAAGGAGAAGGAGGAGGAGAAGAUGACGGAAGAUGAGAAUGAUGAAGAUCAUGAGGUAGAAUAUGAGGAAAACGAUCUUAAAGAACUGCUGGUUGGGAAGAAGCGUGGAGAUAAACUACGAGCUUUAAUCCUGACUCCGACCCGUGAACUUGCAAUGCAAAUAAAGAAUCAUAUUCAGGCUAUUAUCACGUAUACUGAUAUCUCUGUGAUGGUUCUUGUUGGAGGGAUUAGUCAAGAUAAACAACUCAGGUUGCUAAAGCGUCGUCCCGAGAUAGUUGUUGCUACUCCAGGUCGACUCUGGGACCUAGUUCAGGAGGGAGUUCCUCAUCUAUCCAACCUACCAGAUAUCAGAUAUCUUGCAAUCGAUGAGACGGAUCGUAUGGGAGAGAAAGGGCACUUUGAGGAGCUGCAGAAACUGCUGGAGAUGAUACAAGCUGAAAGUACAGGAUCAAGACAAAACUUUGUUAUGUCCGCAACCCUCUCCCUGGUUCAUAAACCUCCAGCGUAUAGUAAAGGAAAACAGAGAAAGCAGAAAUCCUCUAAAGAAAAGUUGAAAGAGUUAAUGGAGUUUGCCGGAGUCAGUGAACGGAGUAAGAUCGUUGAUAUCACAAGGAAGGUUGGAACAGCUGAAAGUCUGACUGAGAGUGUAAUACAUUGUGAAUUAGAAGAGAAGGAUGCAUAUCUUUACUACUUUAUUAAAGCUCAUAAGGUUGGUACAAGAUCUCAAUUUAUCUUGAAAUUUCGUUGCUUUUACAGAGGUCUUGAUAUACCUAAUAUACAACAUGUUGUACACUACCAGGUUCCCCGGACUUCUGAAGGUUACAUCCAUAGAUCUGGUAGGACGGCUAGAGCUAGUAAAUCUGGAAUAUCCGUCCUGCUCAUAGAUCCGUCUGCGCUUUAUCUAUAUAAGAAACUUUGCGUAACUCUGACUAGAAAGACGGAUUUGCCAAGUUUUCCUGUUGAUUCUGCCAGGUUUGGGAAUAUUAUGACUAGGAUGGAAUCCGCCAGGAGAUUAGACAAACUCCUCCUACAGGCCCGUAAGAAGAGUGUCGGAGAGAACUGGAUGCAGAAAGCAGCUGAAGAAGCUGAUCUAAUUCUCAGCGACGAUGAUUAUUCUGACGGAGAGAAGGAUCAGGAGGCGGCUGUAUCUAAACAAAAGAUACAGGAAGCUAAGCGAGAACUCCAAUAUCUGCUGAGAACUCCUCUGGUUGUAUCCGAGUUCUCUGGCCGGUAUCCAACUCAGAGCGGUUGCCUGCCCGCAGGACUGCUCAACCACCAGGUGGAGCUCAAUGCAGUGGAGACGCUUCAAUCCAACAUUUCUAAAACCGGGAAAUUGUUGAAAAAGAAAUCUAAACCUGUAAAUGGAGACAGAAAAUUUAAAGGAUUCAAGAAGAAGAAGAUGGAGAAAAAAAAUCAAAAAUCAGAAUAAUUUAUUAUUUUCAGACAAAA